AUGGCCAACCCCUCGGCCACACCAAGCUCCAUCCCCUCGUGGAUGGAGCGGCUCGACAUCAAGUCCAUCACCGACCCCUCGGCGACGCCCUUCUCCUACCUUGUCACGGCUUUUCUCUUAGCCGUCGUCGUGUACUCCCUCCAAGGACCGAGAUUCCCCAAGAACAUCAAGCACCUCAACCCAAAGGGUCCCCUCGAGUUUAGCGACACGAGACCGAAGAAGGAGUUUGUGUAUGGCUCUCGACAGAUGCUUGCGAACUGGUUCAAGGCCAACCCCAACAAGCCUUGCCGUGUCAUCAGCGACUUUGGUGAGGCCAUAGUGUUGCCGCCGCGGAUGGCCAAUGAGAUCAAGAAUGAUGAUCGGUUGAGCUUUACGAGGUGGACUUAUAAAGCUUUCCAUGGGCAUCUCCCUGGUUUUGAAGGGUUCGGUGAGGCUAGCCGGGAAUCGCACAUUGUCCAGGAGGUUAUCAUGAGGGAUCUUACCAAGUACCUGAACAAGGUCACUGAGCCCCUCGCCCAGGAAACCUCCAUGGCGAUGGAGGCCAACCUCCCCAAGGCAGCCAACGGCGAGUGGUCCACCAUCAACCUUCGCUCAAAGAUCCUCCCCAUCGUCGCCCGCAUCUCUUCCCGCGUCUUCCUCGGCGAGGAACUCUGCCGCAACGAGGAAUGGCUCAAGGUUACCCAGCAGUACACAAUCGACGGGUUCGGCGCCGCCGAAGAUCUUCGUCUCUGGCCUGCCGCCCUCCGGCCCAUCGUCCACUGGUUCCUCCCGUCCUGCCAGCGCGCCCGCGCCGACGUGCGCGUAGCUCGCAGCAUCCUCGACCCGGUCCUCAAGAAGAGACGUCAAGAAAAGGCAGCCAACGGCGGCAAAGCUGAGCACGACGACGCGAUUGAGUGGUUUGAGCGAACGGCCAAGGGCAAGUACUACGACCCAGCAGUUGCGCAGCUGGUGCUGUCCCUGGUGGCCAUCCACACCACGUCCGACUUGACGUGCCAGGUCAUGACCAACCUGAUGCAAAACCCCGAGUUCAUUGCCCCCCUGCGCGAGGAGAUGAUCCAGGUGCUCAGCGAGGGCGGGUGGAAGAAGACGUCGCUGUACAACAUGAAGCUGCUCGACAGCGUCAUCAAGGAGUCCCAGCGUGUCAAGCCUACGGGCGUAGCCUCGAUGCGUCGCUACGCCGAGAAGGACGUGACCUUGUCAGACGGCACCUUCAUCCCGAAGGGCGGCUUCGUGGCCGUGUCGGCGCACGACAUGUGGAACUCGGAAGUGUACGAGCAGGCGGAAAAGUGGGACGGAAGACGGUUUUUGAGGAUGCGCGAGACGCCCGGAGCAGGCAAGGAGAACGUGGCACAGCUGGUGAGCACGGCGCCGGAGCACUUGGGAUUCGGACACGGACAGCACGCGUGCCCCGGACGCUUCUUUGCGGCGAAUGAGAUCAAGAUUGCGCUGGUUCAUCUGCUGCUGAACUACGAAUGGAGACUGCCGGAGGGGUCUGAUCCCAAGAUCAGGACGUUUGGCUUCUCGAUGGGGGUGGAUCCGUCUUUGAAGGUUGAGUACAAGGGCAGGCAGCCCGAGAUUGAGCUUUGA